AUGCUGCGACCGACGCUUCUGCUGUUGCUGCUUGUGCUCGCGCCGGUGACGUCGGCUCUGAACGCGCCGCUGUACGGCCUCAACUACAACAGUCGCCAAGGACCCGAUUGGGACUUGACCAAAUGCAAAUCCCAAGCCCAAGUGGACGCCGACAUGGUGCUCGUCAAGGCACUGAGCCCGCGCGUGCGCAUUUAUAGCCUCACCGACUGCAACCAAGGAGCCAUGGUACUCGCGGCGGCCAAGAAAGUCGGCCUCCGAGUGUGGCUUGGCAUGUGGGUCGACGCUGGCAACGUUCAUUUUGCGGUCGAGCAAGCCGCGCUGGAGACGCUUGUCAACGCCGGCGCCAUCGACGAUGCGACCGUCCUCGGCAUCCACGUCGGCAGCGAGACGCUCUACCGCAAGGACAUUUCGCCCGAGACGGUGAUUGCCAACAUUCAAACCGUCAAAAGCUACCUGCGCCAACACCAAAUUUACAUUCCGGUGGCGACCGCCGACGUCAUUGACAUGCUCGUGCAAUACCCCGCCGUGAUCCGCGCCGGGGACGUCGUCCUGGCCAACAAUUUUCCGUUCUGGGAACUCGCCGACAUCAACACGGCCAUGGUCAACUUUGACACCAAGCUAACGACGCUGCGGUCAGUCGCCAACGGCACCGCCAUUUACAUUGGCGAGACGGGGUGGGCCUCGGACGGGGCCACCGUGGGCGCGUCGCCGACGAGCGCAAUCAACCAUGCGACUUAUUUGACCAACUUUUAUGUUUAUGCGACAGAGCGCCAACUGCCGUACUUUUACUUUGCAGCGUUUGACGACGCGUGGAAGGGCGCGGGUGUCAACGUCUCGGAUACGGUCGAAGCCCACUUUGGCUUGUACAACAGCAGCGGCCAGCUCAAGCCCGAUAUCGCGGCACUCAUGCUGCCAAGCGUGACGCCAUUUCCAGCGACAACGGCACCGACGUCGCCUGCAUCGACCAGUGCGCAAGACAAGGAUGGCGGCGCGUCAUCGACAGCGCCAUCGACAUCUACCGGCUAUCGCACAGUCGCGCGCGAUGCGAUGGCAGCCUCGGGCCUCUUGCUCGUCGCCACUGUCCUCAACUAGGUUUCUACACGAUUACAUUUAUUCAAAAUACCACUUGGAGUGAUGCUGGA